CAUCACUCCCCUUACACACACACUUGCUCACUACACACCCUCACUCCACAGCCCCACAAACACACACAGUAGGGACAUUCACACUGCAAACAGACACUUCCAUACAAAGACUGCCCUUCCCCCCAGUUCUACCCAUACUCACAGGCCUCAUUCCCCCGCGCAUCUUUCUCUUUAAUUUCCUACAAAGGCUUCAAAGUUCUUCACCUCGCUGCCACUGCACGGACCACAGCCUCCACUCGCGGGGAAGGGACUCGGGGCUCCCUGUCCCCAGCGUGUUACGUGCUUGACAGGCUUGUUGCGGUGUGGGGGGUGUGUAGCUUCUGCCCCCCCUCCCCGCUUCUCCCGGGGCCGCCGGGGUAGGACAAGCAGGCGGCGUGCUUAUUUGUGCUGUCCCAUGCCGACAGCCAGCAGGGCAUAUUUCGCCUCUUCUCUGUGCCCCUUCACGCCUGCGCCCCAACAGCCUCUGUUUGCACCGGAGCUCUGUAAAAGCUACAGGGUAACUAAAUUGCGGCGGAAAGUGUUCCAGAGUCACUAAGCAAAAGACACGAGAAAGUCUCCACCUUAACUCUGGCCUCUGGCUCUCCUUUGGGUAAUUACGUAAAUGUCAGCAGCCUCCCUCCCGCCCCUCGGCUGGUUAUGCAAUACCCAGCGCAUAUAUCUACUGUACCACACACCGCUCCCAUAGGGCGGGGGGGAGUGCUGAGGGAGGAGGAAAGGGGGUUCAAUUCAAGUCUGGGCCUGCCCCUAUUACUCCCCUCCGGGAGGCAUCCAUUGGCUGCACCCCGAGAGCGCUGAGCUCUGAUUGGGGACGGGCCGCUGCCAGUCACAGCAAAGGCUGGCAUGAGGACUGUGCGUUGUGAGGAGUGUACAGGACUGACCUACUAACACAGAUCCCUCUCCAACGGCGGCGGCAGUAGCACCCGCAGACGCGUUCGCGCUCUGGCUGAUACCGAAGCUGCUCCCCGCCCAGGACUGGUGCAAGGGGCUUCCGGGGCUUCACAGCCCCUCACACCGAGUUCUCCCGUCCCGCUCCCCAGAGCGAUCGGGAGAGGAACAGGGGCAAAAGCUAGCGGUUUGCUGGAAGGCUACAGCUUAUUCCAUUCUACCAGUGGCGAUUAUGAAGGUUACUUAGAAGGUUCCCAUUACAUCUCUCAAGAAGUAAAUUGGAUCUGAACAUUCUUCUGUUUAAUAAUAUGAAACAAAAGGAAUAAUGCAUAUGGAUUUAGAAUUACUGUAUUUUUUAGGUAGUUAUGGUUUGAGAAGCACUGGGAAAACAGCUCACUCUGUUACUCAUCAUAGAUCUACUAAAAAUUGCUUCUGAUGCAGCUGAGAAAAAUGCAGACCAUUAAAAAGGAACAGGCACCUGUUGACACAAGUAGCAAUACGGACAAAAUCAUGGUGCUUAAUUCUACUUUAACAGAAGUGUCUGAAGACUUGGCUACAAAUGAAGACAUAAUACUUAAUGAAGGAAAUAGUGGAAAAAACAAAUCUUCAUCAUGUCGGAGAAAGCGGGAAUUCAUUCCAGAUGAAAAGAAAGAUGCUAUGUAUUGGGAAAAAAGACGAAAAAAUAACGAAGCUGCCAAAAGAUCUCGUGAAAAACGACGACUGAAUGACCUUGUCUUAGAGAACAAACUAAUUGCAUUAGGAGAGGAGAAUGCCACGUUAAAGGCUGAGCUGCUUUCACUGAAGCUAAAGUUUGGUUUAAUUAGCUCUGCAGCAUAUGCCCAAGAGAUACAGAAGCUCAGUAAUUCAACAGCUGUGUAUUUCCAGGACUAUCAAACUUCCAAAUCAAAUAUUAACUCAUUUGUGGAUGAACAUGAACCAUCUAUGGUAGGUAGUAGUUGUAUUUCUGUCAUCAAACACUCUCCACAAAGCUCUUUGUCUGAUGUGUCUGAAGUAUCCUCAGUAGAGCAUACUCAAGCAAGUCCUAUACAGAAUAAUUGCAGAAGUUCUGAAAAUAAGUUUCAAGUUAUAAAGCAGGAGCCAAUGGAAUUGGAGAACUAUGCAAGAGAGUCAAGAGAUGAUAGAGGCUCCUAUACAGCAUCCAUGUUUCCAAACUACAUAGUAAAUACCUUUAAUGGGUACUCACAUUCCCCUCCUCUGCUGCAAGUUAAUAGGUCCUCCAGUAAUUCUCCAAGAACUUCAGAAGCUGAUGAUGUGAUCAUAGGAAAGUCAUCUGAUGGAGAAGAUGAGCAGCAGGUCCCUAAAGGUCCAAUUCAUUCCCCAGUUGAACUUAAAAAUGUUCACGCAACAGUUAAAGUUCCAGAGGUGAACUCUUCUGCACUGCCUCACAAGCUUCGAAUUAAGGCCAAAGCCAUGCAAAUCAAAGUGGAAGCAAUGGAUAGUGACUAUGAUGCCACACAGAAACUAUCAUCACCAGUUGAGAUGACAUCUAAAAGACAUUUUGAGCUUGAAAAGCACAAUGCACAAAAUUUGGUACAUUCUUCUCACACUCCUUUCUCUGUUCAAGUGACUAAUAUCCAAGACUGGUCUCUCAAACCAGAACACUGGCACCCAAAGGAACUCAAUGUAAAAAUUCAGAGUGGUUGCAAAACUGGAGUUGUUGAAAUUAAAGACAAUGUCUACAAAGUAUCUGAGUCAGAGAACUUGUAUUUGAAGCAGGGCAUAGCAAACUUAUCUGCAGAGGUUGCUUCACUUAAAAGACUUAUAACUACACAACAGAUCUCUGCUUCAGACUCUGGUUAAGUUACUACUGAAUAAAGGCUUAUUGUUUUAAAGGCUGUCGUUUGCAGUAGAUCAAUAUGUUUUGUAUUAUGCUGAAUUUUCACUGGACUUGUGAUGUCAUUUCACUGUAAUGUUCACAUAAUGUCUGAUUGACGGUGUCUUUUUGUGCACAAAUUAUUAUGAAGACUAGGUUGUGUUAUGAUCACUAUGCCUUGUGUAUAGUCAAGUAGCCUGUAUGGGGGCUGUAUAUAGUGAACCUUUUUUUCCCCUUGUUGUUGUUGUUGUUCUAUUAUAAAGUGUGCAAGUUACCAGUUACAAUAAAAUAUUGGUGACAAACACAGAA